CAUAAACCUCGCUGUAUUGAACCAAAGAUGCAGUCCAAGUUGUGUUAACCCAGGCCUUAUCUGCAACAUAUCAUCGUGAUCAGAUGCGUGGGGGAGAGAGAGAAAGAUGAAACCUUGGCCGUGAUUGACAGCAAGGCUGUUUCGGCCUUCUCUAUUGCCGUUGACAGGUAAUAAUGAAGCUUUGUCAGUCCCUAAUGGACAUGGAUAUGCCCGACUAUGUCGAGUCCCUGGACUCCUCUUACACCAUGCUGGAGUUUGAAAACCUGAGAGUGCUUCCCAAUAACACGGAACCGAUAGCUGCAGAAUCAUCCAAUGCCAGCCUGCUUGCCGGCAGCAUCAGCUCCAUUUGCUCCAUCUGUGGGGACCGCGCCACCGGGAAGCAUUAUGGAGCCUCUAGCUGCGAUGGCUGCAAAGGGUUCUUCAGAAGAAGUGUCCGCAAGAACCACGUCUACUCGUGCAGGUUCAGCCGGCAGUGUGUGAUCGAUAAAGAUAAGAGGAAUCAGUGCAGGUACUGCAGACUGAAGAAGUGUUUCAGGGCAGGGAUGAAGAAAGAAGCUGUACAGAAUGAACGGGACAGGAUUAGCAUUCGCAGGAGUAGCUAUGAGGAUAAUGGGUCGCUGUCAAUCACUGUCCUGACUCAGGCGGAGGCUAUGGCACAACAGUACUCAGCGCUGAGCCCAGUACACAGUGCUGAUAUUGCUAUGAAGAAGGUGGCCACAAUCAAUGAUGUGUGCGAGUCUAUGAAACAGCAACUUUUAGUCCUCGUGGAAUGGGCCAAAUAUAUCCCAGCUUUCUGUGAGCUUCCGCUGGAUGACCAGGUUGCCUUGCUCAGAGCCCACGCCGGGGAACACCUGCUCCUGGGAGUUGCUAAGCGGUCGAUACCGUAUACAGAUUUCCUAUUAUUAGGGAAUGACUUCAUCAUCCCGAUGCACUGCCCAGAGAUGGAAAUUGCUCGUGUAGCCAUGAGGAUCCUGGAUGAGCUGGUGAAACCCCUCCGGGACAUUCAGAUCGACGAUAAUGAGUAUGCUUGCCUCAAAGCCAUCAUCUUCUUUGACCCAGAUUGCAAAGGCCUGAGUGAGCCCGGGAAGGUGAAGAACAUGCGAUUCCAGGUACAGGUUAACCUGGAGGACUACAUCAACGACCGGCAGUACGACUCCCGAGGGAGGUUCAGCGACAUCCUUCUCCUCCUGCCGCCGCUGCAGAGCAUCACUUGGCAGAUGAUUGAACAGGUCCAGUUUGUGAAACUCUUUGGCGUGGCGCGGAUUGACAGCUUGCUGCAGGAGAUGCUUCUGGGAGGGACCACUAUUGAUGUCCAGUACCAACCAGGACCUCCCAGCCUCAGCCUGGAGCCUCUCCCCGGACAUGUCCUGCCAGGCACCAUGAGCUCUGUGAUUCACGCUCCUCCACACCCAUCUCCUGAAACUUCCCUCCCUUCUCCUUCUACCAGCACAGGAAGUGAGGAUUACAAGCUAGGCCCGGGCGCCGUGCCGGAGGCCAUAGUGCAGCUGCUGCCGCAGACAGUGAUACCGAAGCAGGAGAUCUUAUAAAAGGGGCAGGAAGAUGCCAAGAAAAAUACCAAGCCCCCCUGUGGAGAUAGAGACCAACCCUUGCUUUCUGCAGUGCAAUUGCCUGCUUUUAACAAGAUUGCAUAACGCUGUACCUCACCAGUCACCCUCUUUACAGAAGCAGCUCAGACACGAAUCUGUUAUUCAUUUUAGUGGACCCAGGACUGUAAAGCUCCUUGAUGCAGAGACUUUUCACUUCACCUAGCACCAUAGGGCCAUCACCUCAUGGGGGCCUUU